GUGUGUGUGUGCCUGUGUGAGAGAGAGAGAGAGAGAGAGAGAGAGAGGGAGAUAGAGGGAGGGGAGCGAAGCAGGCAGAGAGAGAAAACCAGCAGGCAGGCAUUAGAGCAAGUCAGAGUGGGAGUGAAAGAGCACCAGACAGCAGGGUGGAGAGAGAGAUAGAGGGUGAGUGUAUGUGUGGCCAGAGAGAGAGAGAGAGGACAGAAAGGCUGCUAGAGAGCGAUAGAGUGGGAGCGAUAGAGUGCUAGAUAAUGGAGGUGCAGUCGGAGUGUGUGGAGCCGCCUGUGGCCCCUCAGUGUGACCCCCAGCCCACGGGGAGGAUCAACAAAGCUGCCUUCAAACUCUUCGGAAAGCGGCGCACCGGCUCCGGGAUGGCCAGCUUCUUCUCCUUCAGGAACAAAGGGGCUACGAACAGCGGGAGCAACGGGAAUUCUGACAAUGGGAAUUCCUUGAACGGGAACGGCUCGGCGGCGUCGGCGGAGCUCGUUAGGAGCAAAACCCACGAUGGACUAACGAGCACCAGCAACGAUGCCGACGGACAGAGAGGGGAGGCACUCGCCAUCCUGGAGGCGGGGCCGGUGAGGUCCCUCAGCAAAUCGCUGAGUUUCUUCUCUCUACUCCGACGUGGGAGUUUCAGGUCGAGUGAAAACGGAGGGGCGGGGCUUGUCAGAAGAGGGAGGGGCCUAAAGGGCUUUUUCAGCAGCAUGCGAUGGAGACGCAGGGAAAAAACAAACGAGGGAGAGGGGGAAGAGGUGGAGCGGAAGACGGAGAAGGACGGGGAUGUUGCCGACUCCGAAAAGGUAAAGGAUAUUACGCUCACCCUUGAACCGCCUCCACAUCACCACCAAGUGGAUUGUGGGGAUGCAGAGGAGGCAUCACCUAACCCAGAGACUCCCACUACUAGUGUUACCAUGACACCCCCACACUGUGUUGCCAUGCCAGGUCCAUCUGGUGAGCCAGACUCCCCCUUUCCUUACACGCCCACUGACUCGCCACUGCGUCCUCCAAUCCAAAUAGCCAAAGCCUCAAUUUCCAGCCUCACCCCCUCCCUCGCUACGCCCCCUUUGGAUCGCUGCAGCACGGGCGACCCACCCUCAGAACCUUCGGUGGAUCGCCUCUGCUCUCUCCUCUUCACUGACGUCACAUCCCUCAAGAGCUUCGAUUCACUGACGGGCUGCGGUGACAUUAUCGCUGACGCGGACGAGGACGGGCCAGCAGGCAAUGGGGGCAGCGGCACUAGCAGCAGCAGCAGCGGGGGAGGAGGGGGGAGUGUGGGAGCGGGCGUUGGGAGAGCUGUUGGUAUCCCAAGUGCCAUGUCUCGCUGCUCCCCAACCAAACCCCCUCUACCUUCGCAGCUGAUACAGCCCAUGUACUCCCAUGUUUCCGCAAGCUCAGUGCCUUCUUCCCUCCCAGCCCGAGCCCGGGCGCCGCCGCCUCCACCGCAGCGGGACCCAGCCGGUAGCGGUGUGGUGGCCUACAUGGGCGGAGGGGAAGAAAUGGCAAGUCCAGAAGGAGUGGACGACGCAGACAUGCAGGGGCUCUGGCACAUGCUGCCCUCCACAGGUGACAACUCCCCUGCUUUGCCCCGAUCACACCAACCUCCCUCUACAACCCCAACUUCCACGUAUCCCCCUCGUGGCACCUCCAACCCUGCCAGCAGCCAUCUGUCCUCAGCCCUCAGGAGUGCAAAGGUUCCCCAGGUGAAGGCGUUGGGGCUCAGUAAGAUCCCGGUAGUUGGCGCAGCAGGAGGCCGAGCAGCUAAACCCCCGCUCCCUCACACACAUGGCCGUCAUCCCACAUCACCUGGUGAGCCACUUAGCGAUGAGGGUUACUGGGACACGCCCUCAGAGACGCCCACAGCAACACCCGAUGAGAGCGGGCUGCAGCGCAACCAGAGGAUGGCGCUAUCACGCGACAGUUGCUCCGGAGACCACCUGUACGACCUCUACAAUGACCCCGAUGAGGAAGAAGAGGAAGGAGAGCAGGAGGGAGAUGAAGAUCUGAACAGCACCCCCUCUCCAUCCACUGAAUACAAACUGAGCCCCACCUCCCAAACAAGUCCUCCUCCUUCCUCCUCGUCCUCUUCCUCUUUCCAAUCAAUGAAAGGCAGCACCAGCCUUCCUCGGGACUCCAAGAUCCCAGUGAGCAGCAGACAAACCCCACCCCCCCACUCUGUAAGCCAGUCAGCCCUCUCGUCCGUUCUAGAGGCUGAAUCCCCUCCACCAAAGACCCAGGCGCCUCCUCCGGUUCGCACCAGAAUCCCCGUAUCCAAGGUGCCCGUCCGUCGUUCUGGAAACAAACCCGGCAGCACAACCAGAGGAACCGCCCACAAGAAGUAGCUCCUGUCAAAACGGGCGAUUCUCGCCUACUAACUCAUGGACUUGGAGCGUGCAUCACUUCAGUGCUGUUUAUGCAGAGCCAAAAGACCAAGACCAAGAAAAAUGUUGAGCCGUAGAGUUAACAGCCUAUAAAUUCCUCUCAGAUCUUAAAAGCUCUCAUUCCUUACAUGUUUUGGCUUACGACAGGCUAGAAUAGAAUAGGUGGUUUUGUUCACUUGAGAAAGUCACGAGGAGACUCCAAAAAAAGCUGGGUUAACACUUCACAGCCCUCACUGGAACUUUGGAGGUUGACUUUUGACAAUCCAUGGACUCGCAAUAGACACGUUUGCCUUGUAACUUCCUGGAAAAUCUCCUAACCUGCUGAGAGUUCAACAGCUCAUGACUGCACACUGCAAAAAGAAGAAGAAGAAAAAAGCAGAGCACCUUUUAUCUUUUACAUUUUUAUUAUGGAACUCCACGUGGCAUAACAUAAUUUGCUUAUACGGACCUAAUCUAAUCAAAGUUCUUUUUUUCUGAGAUUGUCAUCUUGUCUAAUCUGUAACAAAUUACCUCCUAAUUCUUUGAUCUUAGAGCCAAAGUUUAAAAAAAAAACCCAGUCUUCAUUUCACAGCCUCUAAUAGUCUUGAACUCAACAACAUCCACAGCCUGGAAUAACCCACAAUUUUGUGUUUUUUUGCUUUUUGAAGAUGGUCUUCUUCUGACCGCACACUGAUUAUUAAAUGUGCAAACAUACGAAUGAACACUGGUUUUAUUACUUACCUACUUUGCAGCUACGAAUGUGGCAAAGCUGCCCUGCAGAAGGCCACACAAUAUCUUCUGAAUUGUUUUGUUUGGAAGGGGAGACCUCCUCUGUUUUGACUCGUAAUUUUAUUAUUGUGGAGUUUGGCUUCAACCUGUUGCAUCUGGAUCUCACUUAUACCCCACUACAUCCCCCGAAGUACAUCCAAAGGAUGUCAAUCUCUGGGAUUUACAACUGAAUUACCAAUGGAAACCUGCAGAACUAUCGCAAUACUCCACCUGGAGGGAUCCCUUGUACUGAUGCUUCAAUACACACACACACUCUCCCUCUCCGCAUGCAGUGCCACACAUACAAGGCACAAAGGUCAGGGAACGUCAUCUAACACUGAAUGACCUUAGUUACACACUGUUCAACCUUUGGCACUGUCUUCGUAGCUACACUGGAUGAUUUUCUUCUCUAAGGACACAUGCACAGACCAUUUUUUUUCUAGUUAGUUCUUUCUUCUUCACUGGAUUUCAUACUGUUUUUUAUAGUCAUACUGCUCGGAUCUGAAACUGUGAUUUGCACCAGCUUCUUUAACGCUCUGCUUUCUGUUCUUUCUGUUCUCCUCUACUAACAUACUGUAAAAGGCUGAUGUGAGUGGAUGACAAUUAGAGCGUCCUUGCUGUCAGCCAGUUUUAGAGAGCCAGAAUAUGCCUGCAAGUGUUUUUUUUUAUUAAAUAGGCUGUGACCCAAAAAAAAAAGACAAGGACAUUCUGUCAGGGUUUCAGAUUGAAGAAAAGACUUUUGAGUCACGUAAUUAACUGGAUCACAGCUUAAAAUACAAAGAUGGGGACUAAAGCUAAUCUGUUCCUUCUGCUGUGUGCGAAUCUGAAUGUAGCUUGAAAUCAUUGUAGAUCAUUGGUCAGCUGGGUUGGGUCUGUUUUACUCUUUGUCCCUCUUUUGUGGGGACAAGACAAAUGGUGGAGUUUACUGUUUUCUAAGUCCCCCAUGCUCUGAAAAAUGAAGACAAACUACUGCACAGUGUGUCGAGCCUCGGAGAGCACCACUUGUUUUAAGAAUGAGGGGGUGUAUUGCAGUCCUAAAAGGCCUUUGUCAGUGAUUCAGUGAGAGCAGUUUUCCCUAACCUUCAGUUAAAGAGGGGGUUUUAGAAGAGAAGACAUUCGAGAUGAUGCAAGUUUAAUCCUAAGGGUACCAAUGACACUUGAGGGUCAUUCUAGUUCAUUCCAUCAACGUGAUGAUUGAUCCACAACACUGCUCCGGGUUCAGAUAUCUUUUCAGCCUCCCGACGGUGUAGUGUAGGACAGACAGGCCAUGGGGUAACCUGAUCCCAGAUCUGCAGUCAGUGCGUUUCUCACCCGAUAAAAAGGCCAGGCUAAAGGUCAUUUGGGGAGCAGAGAAAGAUCAUUCUCUGCCUACAAUGUGCUCUUUGCUCUUUUCAUUUAGUAUGCAAUCACUUUAAUCCUCCCUUCUUUGGAGUGCUGACAAAAGAGAUGGGAAGGGAUGGUGGCUUUUUGGGUGAUUGAAAUGGGCAACAAUCAAAUUUGUUUUAAGUUUUCCUGGUUAAAAAAUAAUUUAAAAAGAGUGUUUUCUUCAAACAGCAGUGGUGAUGCUUGUUGAUUGUUGACCAAACAGUUGCCUGAAGAGUCCAAAAAUCAUGAUUUUUCUUUAUGACACUGUCACCAAUCAAAUUAUGUUACUGUUAAGAAUAAGAGUGAGCUUUGAACUGGACAAGGAGUGAUCAUUAUGCAUCAUAUGUUGAACAGGUUUUUGUUUAGACGAGGCUUCCUCCUCGGUUGAUGUCUCAUUAGGUGUGUUAAUGGAACUUCACUUUUUCCAAGUAUGACAGUAAUGCAGGAUGACAACCGCUCCACCUGUCUUAAUCUUUGCUAAGGUGCUGGAAAAAUCAAAGAAAAGAUAUCCUGCGGAUAUUAAAGUUGAAAAUUAAAGUUGAACCACCUUGAUCUGUUGCACUGGUCUAUACACAGUAAUGACAUCAACCACAGAGGUCAUCAUAUUGCCAUCUGGCUCAGUUCCUUGUAUUUUUUUCACCCAAGAUACUUUCUCUCCUUUCUUUCUGAGUACAAAUCUGGGCCUUCAUGUGGUCAUUCGCUGCGAUUAAAGGCACAUUGUGUUUUCUUUCUUUUUGUUACCGUCUGUCUGUUCACAGUGUGAAAUCUUUCCACUUUUCAUAUUUAACGAAUAAAACUGUUUGCGCUCAUG